AUGUCUGACGUAUCUAGUAUUAUUACUUUGCUACAAAACUUUUUCAUUCAUCUACGUCUGAAAUUUAGUCUAUUUCUCGCACCUAUUUAUCUGUAUGGUAUUAUCGUAGCGAAUAGGAAUAUUUUUACAUGGGAAUUCUUCGUUGAAUUUGUUAUUCUUCAUGUUUUUGUGUAUGGUGGUGUGUAUGCAUUAAAUGAUUAUUACGAUCGAGAUGAACAAGGACCGAUUGGUGGACUUGAAAAUCCUCCGGCAAUGAGAGGUGACACACUUUUCUAUUUAGCAUGGGCAUGGAAAUUAAUUGGAUUAACUCUAUCGAUCUUCUAUUCAGCAUCUACACAAUUUAUUGUCAGCUGUUUUCUCGAUGUUCUCAUGUCAGUUGCCUAUUCACAUCCAAAAAUUCGUCUAAAAGGUAGUCCGUUCGGAAGUGUUCUGUUGGUCAUCUUCUUACAAGGUUUUCUUACUUAUUAUUUGGGGACAAUUCUCAACAAUAGUAAUCUUAAUGGAAUCUCGUUGGUUAAAUUUUGGUUAGGAGCAUUUGUUAUCAUUUUUCUGGUUCUCGGCACGUAUCCUUUGACUCAAGUCUAUCAAAUCGAACAAGAUAAACGUCAAGGUGAUUGUACGCUCGCUAUCGUCUUUGGCAUUGAAAAGACUUUCCAAUUUGCGUCAUUAUGUCUAUUUGUUAGUGGCACGUUGAAUAGUUUAGUUAUCGGAUACUAUUACCAUUGGUGGGAGGGUGUCAUCAUUCUCAUCGGUUCGUUGUUAUUUCAAUAUGAUCUUCGAACAUGGAGAAAGAUCUUUUCCAAACAAUCAGUGAAUGAAAAUUUUCAGACUUUACAUCGAUUGUUUUCUGUUCAAACUGUUUUUCCAUUUGUUUUUUGCCUUGCACAUUUACUACACAUUUUGUAG